AUGAGUGACCAAGAGAGCGCCUCUCUGAGAGAGGAAAAGAAUGAAAUAAUCAAUGGCAUGGGUUCAGGAGCUCCAAGUGAUGAAGAAGAAGGAGAAGAUGUCUUUGAUUCAUCGGAAGAAGAGGAGGAGGACGAUGAAGAUGAAGCUAGAAAGAUUAGUGAAGGUUUUAUUGUAAAUGAUGAAGACGAAGAUGAGGAUGAGGAUGACGAAAAUGUAGCUGACAAAAAGAAAAAGAGGAGACAUAAGAGAAGGGCAAGAGAAGAAGAGGAUGAUAGGCUUUCUGAGGAUGAUUUGGACCUGUUAAUGGAAAAUGCUGGUGUCAAACGCCCUACCACUGAAGGUUCGAGUGGAGGAAAACUAAAAAGAUUGAAAAGAGUAGGAGAUGAAGUUGAAUCUGGCGCUGCAGAUAGAGAGCAAGAAUCUAGUCAAGAGAAAGAAUCAUCACGUUUGAAUGACUUCUUCUCUGAUGAUGAAGAUGAGGAGCCAUAUGAUGAAGAAAAUCGUGAAAGAUCUAGAGGUUCUCGUGAAUACGAUAGAGGUGAAUCGAAUCAUCAAGGUGAUAACCGUAAAUCAGGUAUGUUAGACGAGUUAGAUGACUUCAUUGAAGAAGAUGAAUUCUCCGAUGAGGAUGAGGAAACCCGUCAACAGAGGUUGCUCGAGAGAAAAAUGAUGAGAGAGCAAAGAAUGAAAGCUCCAACUAAGAUCACAGGUCUUUCAUCUGAUAAGAUUGAUGAAAUGUACGACGUUUUUGGUGACGGCCAUGAUUAUGAUUGGGCGCUAGAAAUCGAAAAUGAGGAGCUUGAAGGUGGUGAUAUCAAUGAACAGUCUGAGGAAUUUGAUGAGGAAACAGGAAUGACCAAGAGUUCAAAGAAGAAAAUCAGUUUACAAGAUAUCUAUGAUUUACAAGAUCUGAAAAAAAACUUGAUGACUGAUGAAGAUAUGCUAAUCCGUAAAACAGAUAUACCUGAAAGGUAUCAAGAACUAAGAUCAGGCCUAGUAAAUCAUGGUAAUUUAAGUGAUAACGACCAAGAACUUGAGAAGAAUUGGAUAAGUGAGAAAAUUGCUGUUGACAAGAAUUUCUCUGCUGAUUAUGAUCUUACUGAGUUUAAGGAAGCUGUAGGAAACGCAAUCAAGUUUAUUACUAAGGAAAACCUUGAAGUUCCAUUCAUAUAUGCUUACCGUAGGAACUACAUUUCUUCUAGAGAACGUGAUGGUUUUCUUCUAACUGAGGACGACUUAUGGGAGAUUGUUCACCUUGAUAUUGAGUUCCAAAGUAUUAUCAAUAAGAGAGAUUAUGUGAAGAGAUUUUACAGCGAGCUUGGUAUUAGUGACCCUCUUGUUGACGAGUACUUUAAAAAUCAAAGUACUGGAUCUGUUGCAGAGUUAAAUUCCUUACAAGAUAUCUAUAAUUAUCUUGAAUUUAAAUAUGCACAGGAGAUUAAUGACAACUUGCAAAAGGAAUCUGAUAAAUCGGGAAAGAAGCAUUUGAAAAACUCCAAUUAUGAGAAAUUUAAGAGUAGCGCUUUGUACAAAGUUAUCGAAGCAGUAGGAGUUUCAGCAGAUCAAAUUGGUAACAAUAUUAGCUCUCAGCAUCAAAUUCACAUCCCUAAGGACCAUGAAGCUUUGAAACCACUGGAACUUAUUGAACUGGUUUUGAAUGAGAAUGCCGGUGAUCUUCAAGUAUUUCUGUCGAACAUUAAGUUGGCAAUGGAUACGAUACAGAAGUAUUACUCUUGGGAAAUUUCAAAGAACACCAAAGUGAGAGAAAAAGUGAGAGCCGAUUUUUACAGAUAUUAUUUGGUUGAUGUAGUUUUAACUACUAAAGGUAAGAGGGAAAUUCAAAGAGGUUCUCUUUAUGAGGAUAUAAAAUAUGCAAUUAACAGAACGCCUCUGCAUUUCCGUCGUGAACCGGAAAUUUUCUUGAAGAUGUUGGAAGCUGAGUCAUUGAAUUUGAUGACUUUAAAACUUCAUAUGUCCUCUCAAAAACAAUAUGUUGACCAUUUAUUCCAAAUUGCAUUAGAAACAACGAACACUUCUGAUCUCGCCAUCGAGUGGAACAACUUCCGUAAAGCUGCCUUUACACAAGCUAUUGAAAAAAUCUUCAAUGACAUUGCUCAAGAAAUCAAGGAUGAUUUAGAAAAAACAUGUCAAAAGCUAGUCUGCAAAGUUGUUCGCCAUAAAUUUAUGACUAAACUAGAUCAAGCGCCUUAUGUUCCAGAUUUGAAAGAUCCAAAACUACCAAAAAUUUUGACACUAACCUGUGGUCAAGGUAGAUUUGGCUCUGAUGCUAUUAUAGCGGCUUAUGUCAACCGGAAGGGCGAAUUCGUAAGAGAUUUCAAGAUUACUGAAAAUCCGUUUGAUAGGUCUAAUCCAGAUAAAUUCGAAGAAGUAUUCGAAGAUAUUGUUCAAACAUGUCAAAUUACUGCAAUUGGUAUUAAUGGUCCUAACCCUAAAACUCAAAAAUUAUUUAAAAAACUUAUCGAAGUUAUUCAUAAGAAGAAUUUGGUUGACUCAAAAGGAACACACAUACCAAUAAUAUAUGUUGAGGAUGAGAUCGCUAUUAGAUAUCAAAACUCUGAGAGGGCCGCUCAGGAAUUCCCUAACAAACCACCAUACGUUAAGUACUGUAUUGCACUGGCAAGGUACAUGCACUCACCUUUAAUGGAAUACGCUAACCUGUCUCCAGAAGAGUUAAAAUCACUUUCUAUACAUCCUUUCCAAUCGUUUUUAUCUCCAGAGUACUUGAACAGAGCCAUAGAAACAGCAUUUGUAGAUAUCGUUAAUUUGGUUGGUGUCGAAGUGAAUAAGGCCACAGAUAACUCAUAUUAUGCUUCGGUUUUAAGAUUUGUGUCAGGUUUUGGUAAGCGUAAGGCUAUUGAUUUCCUUGAAUCACUACAGAGACUAAAUGAGCCACUUUUAGCCCGUCAGCAAUUAAUUACUCAUAACAUUCUUCAUAAGGUCAUUUUCAUGAAUUCGGCAGGUUUCUUGUAUAUAUCAUGGAGUAAGAAGAGGCAGAGAUAUGAGGAUCUAGAGCAUGAUCAGCUUGAUAGUACUAGAAUUCAUCCCGAAGAUUAUCACUUAGCUACCAAGGUUGCUGCAGAUGCAUUAGAAUAUGAUCCAGAUACAAUUGCAGAAAAGGAAGAAAAUGGCACAAUGAGUGAAUUCAUUGAGUUCUUGCGUGAGGAUCCAAAUCGUAGGAGUAAAUUAGAAUCUUUGAACUUAGAAUCAUACGCUGAAGAGUUAGAAAAGAAUACUGGACAAAGGAAGCUGAAUAAUUUAAACACUAUUGUCUUGGAAUUACUAGAUGGAUUCGAAGAGCUAAGAAAUGAUUUCCAUAUUAUGCAAAGCGAAGAAGUUUUCAGCUCAUUGACUGGUGAAACUGAUAAAACAUUAUUCAAGGGUUGCGUUAUACCAGUCAGGGUGGAGAGAUUCUGGCAUAAUGAUAUUGUCUGUGUCACUAACUCGGAGGUGGAAUGUAUUGUUAAUGCACAAAGACAUUUGGGUGCUCAAGUACGCAGGCCUCCAAAUGAAAUUUAUGAGUUGAAUAAAACUUACCCAGCAAAGGUUAUUUUCAUUGAUUAUCCAAACAUUACUGCUGAAGUAUCUUUACUUGAGCAUGAUGUCAAGAAUGAAUAUAAUCCAUUGACGUACAGUAAAGAUCCGGCUAUCUGGGACUUGAAGCAAGAAUUGGAGGACUCUGAAGAAGAAAAGAAGGUAACUAUGGCAGAAUCAAGAGCUAAGAGAACACAUAGAGUUAUCAACCAUCCAUACUACUUCCCAUUCAAUGGUAAGCAAGCCGAGGAUUAUUUGAGAAGUAAAGAAAGGGGUGAUUUCGUCAUCAGACAAUCGAGUAGGGGUGAUGAUCAUUUGGCUAUUACUUGGAAACUUGAUAAAGACUUGUUCCAGCAUGUUGAUAUUCAAGAACUGGAAAAGGAAAAUCCACUUGCCCUGGGUAAAGUCUUGGUUGUCGAAGGCCAAAGAUACCACGAUCUCGAUCAAAUUAUCGUUGAAUAUUUACAAAACAAGAUUAGACUACUGAACGAGCUAACCUCUAAUGAAAAGUUCAAGGCAGGUACCAAGAAGGAAGUAGUUAAGUUUAUUGAGGAUUACUCAAAGGUUAACCCAAAGAAAUCAGUCUACUACUUCAGCUUGAACUAUGAGAAUCCAGGCUGGUUCUACUUGAUCUUCAAGUUGAACGCAGAGAGUAAGUUAUACAUUUGGAAUGUCAAACUAACCCACACUGGUUUCUUCUUGGUCAACUAUAACUAUCCAACUGUCAUCCAACUGUGUAAUGGUUUCAAGACGUUGUUGAAAUCAAGCAAUACAAGAAACAGAUCAGGUUACAGAUAA